AAUUUCACAAAGUAGAGGGACUUCAAUAUACAACUCCAUCCCAAACAAAGAGUCCUACUGAACCAGUCAUGGCAAGUUUACCUGGCCCUUUACCCAAAUUAUUCAGUUAUAUCGAUCAACACAAAUCAGAGUACAUAGAAGUGUUAAAAGAAGCCGUUGCAAUUCAAUCUGUAUCAGCAUGGGCGGAUAAACGAGGUGAAAUUAAACGUAUGAUCCAAUGGGCAUCAGAUAGAUUAAAAAAGUUAGGUUGUAACAUAACCUUACGUGAUGUUGGAACACAAACCCUUCCAAAUGGAGAUACCAUUCCACUUCCUCCAGUUCUUUUUGGAUAUUAUCAUGCGGGUGAUAACAAAAAAACUGUUGUUGUUUAUGGACAUUUAGAUGUUCAACCUGCUUUAAAAGAAGACGGUUGGAACACAGAUCCAUUUGUUUUAACUGAAUCAAAUGGAAAAUUAUACGGAAGAGGUGCAUCAGAUGAUAAAGGACCCGUUUUAUGUUGGAUACAUGCUUUGGAAGCUUACCAAAAAACAGGAGCUGAAAUUCCAGUAAAUAUUAAAUUUGUAUUUGAAGGAAUGGAAGAAUCCGGAAGCGAAGGAUUAGAUGCGCUUCUUUUCUCUGAAAAAGAUAAAUUUUUAGCAAACGUUGACUAUGUUUGUAUCUCUGAUAAUUAUUGGCUCGGUACUACAACACCAUGUAUAACUUACGGUUUAAGAGGAAUUUGUUAUUUUAACGUUGAAGUUGAAUGUGCCGCAAAAGAUCUUCACAGCGGCGUUUUCGGUGGAACCGUUAACGAAGGAAUGUCCGAUUUAAUUCACAUUUUAGAUCGCCUGGUUGAUAAAAAUGGAAAGAUUUUAAUUCCCGGUAUUUACGAUGAAGUCGCACCUUUGCAGGAGGGCGAAAGCGAGCUUUAUAAUAAAAUAACUUUUGACGUUCACGAAUAUCGCAACGAUGUGGGUACCACCGCUUUAGCUCGGGGUGGAAUUAAAGAAGAUCUUUUGAUGCACCGCUGGCGUUAUCCUAGUCUUUCAUUGCAUGGCAUUGAAGGGGCUUUUAGCGAACCUGGAGCUAAAACUGUUAUUCCUGGGAAAGUUAUUGGGAAAUUUUCUAUUCGAAUUGUUCCUAAUCAAGAACCAGAAAAAAUUGAGAAAUAUGUUGUUGAUCAUAUCAAUAAAAUUUGGAAGGAAAGAGGAAGUACAAAUAAAAUGAAGGCUUAUAUGGGACAUGGAGGACGUCCAUGGAUGGAAAAUCCAAAUCAUCCACACUUUAUGGCAGGCAGGAAAGCCACAAAACACGUUUAUGGCGUCGAGCCAGAUUUAACCCGCGAGGGUGGUUCAAUUCCCGUUACCUUAACGUUUCAACAAUGCACUGGAAAGACUGUUAUUUUGAUUCCAGUCGGACGUGGUGAUGAUGGUGCUCAUUCCCAAAACGAAAAGAUUGAUAUUAGUAAUUAUAUUAAUGGGACCAAGUUAUUGGGGGCUUAUUUGUAUGAAGUUUCUCAAUUGAAAUGAAGAUUCUUUUGUAUUAAUUUCUUUAUGCAUUAUUCAUUUAUUAUAAUAUUGAAUUAAUUGUAUACAAAAAUAUAAUAGUCUUAUAAUUAAAGGAG